AUGUACAGCUACCGCAUCCGCGUGGCCACCGGGACCUGGCUCUUCUCGGGGUCCCUCAACUGCGUGCAGCUGUGGCUGGUUGGGGCGCGCGGGGAGGCGGAGCUGGAGCUGUAUCUGCGGCCGGCGCGCGGCGAGGAGGAGGAGUUCGAGCGCCACGUUUGCGAGGACCUGGGGCCGCUGCAGUUCGUGAAGCUGCGCAAAUACCACUCCCUGGUGGACGACGCGUGGUUCUGCGACCGCAUCACCGUGCAGGGGCCCGGAGACCGCGCGGAGGCCACCUUCCCGUGCUACCGCUGGGUGCAGGGCCAGGACGUGCUGAGCCUGCCCGAGGGCACCGCCCGCCUGGCAGGAAACACCUUGGACGUGUUCCAGAUGCAUCGAGAGAAGGAACUGAAGGAAAGACAACAGAUCUACCGCUGGGCCACCUGGAAGGAAGGGUUACCCUUGACAAUAGCUGCAAACAGUACAGAUGAGCUACCUCUAAACGUGAGGUUCCACGAACUUAAGAAACUUGACUUUGAAUGGUCCAAGAAAAUUGGGGUUGUGGAUAUUGUCGUCAAACAUAUUUACCGUAUCCUGGGCUCCUGGAACAAGCUGGAGGAUUUUGAUUAUAUUUUCCCUAGUGGAAAAAGUGUCCUGGCUGACAAGGUCCAUCAGCACUGGCGGGAGGAUACGCUUUUCGGCUACCAGUUCCUCAACGGUGUCAACCCCAUGCUGUUGAGACGCUCCACCUCUCUGCCCUCCAGGCUGGUGCUGCCCCCUGGGAUGGAGGAACUUCGGGCUCAGUUAGAGAAAGAACUGCAGCAAGGCUCCCUCUUUGAGGCUGACUUCACCAUUCUCGAUGGGCUUCCAACCACUGUGAUCCGCGGAGAGCAGCAGUACCUGGCCGCCCCCCUCGUCAUGCUGAAGCUGGAACCCGAUGGGAAGCUGCUACCCAUGGUCAUCCAGCUCCAGCCUCCCAGCCCUAGUCUCCCCACCCCAACAUUGUUCCUGCCCUCAGAUCCCCCACUUGCUUGGCUCCUGGCAAAGUGCUGGGUCCGAAAUUCAGAUUUUUUCAUGCAUGUGCUCCGGUAUCAUCUUCUAAACACUCAUCUGGUGGCUGAGGUCAUCGCUGUCUCCACCAUGAGGUGCCUCUCGGAACUUCACCCCAUCUUUAAGCUCCUGAUGCCGCACACCCGCUACACCAUGGAAAUCAACACCCAGGCUCGGACAUCACUCAUUUCAGAUGGAGGCAUAUUUGAUCAAACGGUGAGCCUAGGCGGAGUGGGCUACAUACAGCUGCUCCGGCGGUCCUUGGCUCAGAUGACCUACCGCUCCCUCUGCCCUCCGCAUGAUCUGGCUGACCGGGGCCUGCUGGGGAUCCCCAAAGCUCACUAUGUCCAUGAUGCUUUACGCCUCUGGGAGAUCAUUGCCCGGUACGUGGAGGGGAUCGUCCCUCUCUUCUACCACGGGGACGAUGUCGUGAGCGAUGACACUGAGCUGCAGGCCUGGUAUCGGGAGAUCACUGAGAUGGGGCUGUGCCAGGCCCAGGACCGAGGGUUCCCCGUCUCCUUGCAGUCUCGGGUUCAGCUCUGUCAUUUCCUUACCAUGUGCAUCUUCACAUGCACUGCCCAGCACUCGGCCAUCAACCAAGGCCAGUUUGACUGGUAUGCCUGGGUCCCCAAUACCCCAUGCUCAAUGCGGAUGCCCCCACCCACCACCAAAGAAGAUGUGACGAUGGCCACCCUGAUGGGCUCGCUACCUGAUAUCUGGCAGUCUUAUUUUCAAAUGACUUUGUCAUGGGUCCUGAGCCGGCGUCAGUCAGACAUGGUGCCCAUGGCGUAUCACAAAGAACAAUAUUUCUCAGACCCUGGGCCCAAGGUUGUUUUAAAACAAUUUCAAAGAGAUCUGGGCAACUUUGAAAGGGAGAUCAUGGCCCGCAAUGAGCAACUGGAACUUCCCUAUGAAUACAUGAAACCCAGCAGCAUAGAGAACAGCAUCACUGCCUAAGCCCAAGUCGUCUCACUCUUCAAAUACUUUAGGUCACCAAUGGAGUGUGAAUAUUACCCCAGUUCUGUUUUCCUGGAUCUCAGUUGUUAUAGUUCUAUUAUUUUUCUCCCCCUGAGUUAUAAACUUGAAUAGCUUAUCCUUUCAGGUUUUCUAGUAGAAUGAUCUUUAACUUGAACGUUACUUCUAUAGCGAAAUUAGCUAUCUAUUCAAGCAGUAUUCUCUUCCUCCUGGAAAUUUUGC